AUGAACAGGCAUCACGCCUUUGUCAACGGCUACGCCGCCAACAAGAAACGAGAUGAUGACCUUUACCACCCUUACAAUGAUCGGGGGGACCUCGAGAACAAGUACAUCUUCGGAAUGCCCGACCUGCUCGAAGAUGAAAAAGCAGAUCCUUCAUUCAGCCGAAAGUUCGAGCCACGAAGAAGAGCGUUGCAUAGCAGGUCCCGGCUGAUACGACUGGCAUUGUUUGCACUUGCAGUUCUCUCGCUAGCCUGUUACUUCCUGAUCCCCUCCUCAUCGACCCUCUCCCUUCUCUCAAGCAGUUCCCCUCCUGCCUCAUAUUACGACGACAUCGAAACAUUAAGAUACUACGACCUAGAGGACGUGCAAGGGACGUCAGUAGGAUGGGAAAGGGAAGAACGGGUCCUGUUAUGCACUCCUCUCCGAGACGCCGCACCCCACCUGCCCAUGUUCUUUGAACAUCUGAGGAACUUCACCUAUCCCCACCACCUCAUCGACCUGGCUUUCCUCGUCUCCGACUCCAAGGACAACACCGUGGAACUACUCACGCACUUGCUCGAAGAAGUGCAAAAUGACCCAGACCCUUCCCAGCCGUACGGGGAGAUCUCCGUCAUACACAAGGACUUUGGACAAGCUGUCAGCCAAGACGUGGAAAGUAGACACGGCUUUGCUGCGCAAGCCAGCCGGAGGAAGCUCAUGGCACGGGCGCGGAAUUGGCUCCUCAGUGCCGCGCUGAGACCGUACCACAGUUGGGUCUAUUGGCGAGAUGCUGAUGUGGAAACCUGCCCGUACACCAUCAUUGAGGAUCUGAUGAGGCAUGACAAGGACAUCAUCGUGCCCAAUAUCUGGCGUCCUCUUCCGGACUGGCUAGGCGGUGAACAGCCCUACGACCUCAAUUCCUGGCAAGAGUCCGAAACGGCCAUCGCUCUGGCAGAGACCCUAGAUGAAGACGCUGUCAUCGUCGAAGGCUACGCAGAGUAUGCCACGUGGCGGCCACAUCUAGCCUACCUCCGUGACCCCUAUGGAGACCCGGACGUCGAGAUGGAGCUGGAUGGUGUCGGCGGUGUCUCCAUCCUUGCCAAAGCUCGAGUGUUCCGCGCUGGAGUCCACUUCCCAGCUUUCUCAUUUGAACGGCAUGCGGAGACCGAAGGCUUCGGAAAGAUGGCUAAGCGCAUGAAGUUCUCAGUCGUCGGUCUACCGCAUUACACGGUGUGGCAUCUGUACGAACCGUCCGUGGAUGAUAUCAGACACAUGGAGGAAAUGGAGCGAGAAAAACGUGAACGAGAGAAGCAGGAGAAAGAAAAGGCCGCGCAAGCAAAGAAGCUCGAAGACGAAUUCAAACAUGUCGGCUCGCAGUGGGAGAAGGAUAAGGAAGCCAUGAUGGGUGACGGACCGAAGGAGAACGACGGCAGCCAGAACCCGACCAAGGACGUCAACAAUGCCGAAAUGGAACUCCCCGCCGCCAAAGAAGCGGAUGGUGCUAAGAAUGGUUGA